GUACCUAGCGGUGUCGAUCUACAGGAGACACAGGUAAAAGUCGGCUUAAUAUUACCGGCUAUCAGCGGUCAGUGUUAGAACUGGACAUUACCACUGGUCAUAUAUACCGGGCCAUCAGUAGAUCUGUCUGGUAUUUCACUGAACAGAAGUUGAAGGUUUUAGAUAUAAGUUGAGAGUUUGGACAAGUAAGGAGGUAAAAGUUGGAUGUUAAUUUACAGAUGAUAACAGUGCUACGCUAACUGUAUGUACCUGAGGUCGAACUCGCCUGUACAGCACACCUGAGACGGGAAUAGUCACUAACGACCCUAUCCCUGAUCAUAUGGACUGUAAUAGGUGGUGUCGGAUACUCAUUUGUCGUUUUGAGACAAAACAGCAGUAAAAGUCAUACAUAGUCGACAAUGAUAUGACGUUCACUUAUUACGUUGCGUGGAAGUCGUGAACGGUGUAAACAGCGUGUGGGUCACCGAAACACUUGUUGACGGCGGCCUUGAGGGCUCACUUGUAUAUAUGCAGCCUUGUUAUGUUGGCUUACACUUAGAGGAUUUACACAGAUGUGUUUACACCUGUUACUUUUACACUUGUACAGAUUACAUCUGGAAGAUUUACACCUGGUAGUGUGUACACCAGAGGAAGUUAUACGAAUGUAAUUGAUACAUAUAUCGGAUAUUUACCUGUAGAAUUCUUACCAGAAGGAUUGAACUUUCGUUAAACGUGUACCUGUUUGAUAUUGAAUCAACUUGGGAGUUUUAAACUGUUGAGUUUACACUGGUGGUCCUGAACUUUUGAUUUACAUAAUUAUUACGCCAUGAUUCCUCGGCGUAAUCAGAGGACUGGGGGGUUAUCCAGUGCUUCUUUCUCGUCGAGAGGCAUACCAAACACCUCGUCGACAGUACAUAGUGCAUCAGCGUCCAUUUUAUUGCGUGAACGUGAACAUCAACAUCAACGGGACCACAACGGGCCCAAAUCUCCACAGAGUCCAAAAUCUCCCGACGAAAUUAAACAUCCUUCACGCUCAGCCUCAUUUUCAUCACAACACUCGAAUAAUAACUCGACGAAAUCUGCCACAAAUACAUCCAAACCAUCGUUCACAAGUCCAGAACAGCCAGGCUAUGUCGGCUUUGCAAAUCUGCCCAACCAGGUUCACAGGAAGUCCGUUAAAAAGGGCUUCGAGUUCACGCUUAUGGUCGUGGGAGAGUCGGGCCUGGGAAAAUCUACACUAGUCAACAGCCUGUUCCUGACUGACCUCUACCCAGAACGACACAUCCACUCUGCUGCAGAGAAAAUCAAACAGACGGUGAAGAUCGAUGCCUCUACAGUGGAGAUUGAGGAGAGAGGAGUGAAACUCCGGCUAACGGUGGUGGAUACUCCAGGGUUCGGAGACUCGCUCAACUCCAGCGACUGCUUCAAGCCUAUCAUUCAGUAUGUUGACGACCAGUUUGAGCGAUACCUACAGGACGAGAGUGGUCUCAACCGACGCCACAUCAUCGACAAUCGUGUCCACUGCUGCUUCUACUUCAUCAAUCCCUCAGGUCACGGACUACGCCCCCUUGACGUGUCCUUUAUGAAGGCAGUACACAACAAAGUCAACAUCGUCCCUGUGAUCGCCAAAGCCGACACGCUUACUCUACAGGAAGUGUACCUCCUCAAGAAAAAGGUGAUGGACCAGAUAGAUGAACACGGAAUCAGUAUUUACCCACUCCCGGACUGUGACUCGGACGAAGACGAGGACUACCGGGAACAGUGUCGCCAACUCAAGGAAGCAGUGCCUUUUGCAGUGAUUGGGGCCAACACAGUAAUAGAGGUCAAAGGUCGCAAGGUCAGAGGACGCAUGUACCCAUGGGGAGUGGUGGAAGUAGAAAAUCCAGAACACUGCGACUUCAUCAAACUUAGAACAAUGCUGAUCACACAUAUGCAAGACUUACAGGAAGUCACACAAGAAGUGCAUUAUGAGAACUUCCGGGCGGAGAAACUCGCCGAUGGAGGAGGAGCCGCAGCCAAGAAGACUGUCAGACGGGGGCGAGGUGACGAGGUCGAUGCUCAAGAUCGAGUUUCACUCGUGGACAAGCUUAGAAGUAAACGUAGACCUGAGAGUCAAGCCCAGGAACUCACAGACCGUGAAAAACAACUGGUAGAGAAGGAGGCUGAGUUAUGCAAGAUGCAGAAGAUGUUGGCUCGCAUGCAAGCUGAAAUGGACGCCCAGAAACAUGGCGGGACUCCCCAGAAAGUACAACAGAAUGGAGGCGUUAAGUCACAUGAUGUGUAGACCAAUCAUACUCAGGGUUUCAAAUCUUACUCCUGUACCAUCACUUUUGUGUGAAGACACGUGGAUCACCAUGGGAGUGAGGACGACAUUUAACAAUAACUUCAGCAGACACAAUCAGCGGAUCUUACGUCAUUCGAGAACUGUAUUUUUGGGUCUACGAGUAUACCAUCUUGUAGCAUGAUUGAUAAUUUUGAGCGAGCUGUGAGGAAUUUUUACCAGGACUUGCCUUGUAGACAAUCAUACUUUUCCACUGCUGGGCUAUGUUGUGUGCAAAACUGAAUUACUACCGCCUCUCAGUCUAGGGGAGCUAACUCCAUUUAUUUUUCCAACAACAAUCAGUACAAAAUUGGUAAAAGUGCAAUUUUUUUAAAGGUCAGAUAGUCACAAUUGGUCGAGAAUAUAUAUAUAUAUAAUAUGUCUUUACCUGAAGAUUGUUGACUUUAAAAAUGGCCAAAAAUAAAUAUAAAUAGAUCUGUCUGAAGUGCUAAUGAAUUUAUUUGUAUAAAUUCUAAUGCAAUUUUCAAAUAAAAAUGUGUUGAUUAAUAGGAAUUUUAGUCAACUUUAUUCCUGUGUUUUAAACUGGAUCACUUCAAGUGAAAAAAAAACCUUUCCUUUAUCAGUCAGUGGACUGGUCAGGAGCCGAAAUUGACAUUUUGUGUCUUUUUCGAAAGUCAUUUUAUUAUUUUUAUUUUUAAUGUUUGUACAGUUGAUAAUACUAUGUAUGAUAUAGUUCAGGGUUUUCUGGCUCUGGCUAUUAGCAUUAAACAUUAAGAUAUGCCAAAACAUGUUCUGUACUGUCUAGCAUUGUAGAGUUAGGUGCUUAUUACAAAGGUUUUUCUAUCUUUAGGCCAAAUCUUAAUUAAAAUUGUACUUUGUUUGAUACUUAAACAACUAGUAAACUUGUAGAAAAUGAGAUCUGAAGUUGUUAACAACGUAUUUGAUCAAAACCAGCUUCAAAUGCCGAGUAAACAUAGAUAUGUAAAAUUUUGGAAUACAUUUUGUUUUUGAGGGAAAAUUCACAUUCUGGUGCUUCACACUACAACAAUUACAUCAGUAGUAAAAUGUUUUAGAGAUUGACCAGAUUCAAGAUUUUAAAAACGUGACAGGAAAUAUCGUUGUUAUAUAAAUGAUUUUGAAUUUUCAGCACCCUUCUUAGUAGAUAUUUAAGAUUACAUUAAAAACAAAACGCCCAUACUAAAAUAAGAAUUAUUUAUUUGCAACAUUUUUUUUCUGUAAAUGAAUACAUUCUUCAAUAUAUUUCUUGUAUUAUGACAAAUCAGCAUAAAAAAUCCUAUAUUCAUAAUUCUUAAGAAAGACAAAAAGGAAACUGGAGAGAAAUGUGAUUAUUUUAAGUGUCGCUCGCAAUUUCUAAAAUAACUAGAAAAAUUUCUACGCAAGAGCAACCUUUUUAUCAUGUUUCAUUGUGGCGAGUAAACGAAUACAAGAUACUGCAGUUUUAUUCCAUAAGAUUUUUAUUUAUUCAAAUGAUACAAAAUACAUAUAUAUAUUAUCAAUAAUUACUAAAUGUAACAAAGUUAUAGAUUCCAUUAAUAGUUUAUUGUUCCUAUUAAAUAGUAUUAUAAUUUCACUUGGUUUUCAGAUUCACCAACAAAUCAGUCUCAACCGAUCUGUGAUCUUCUUACAAGUUGAAAUUGAUACAAACUUUGUGAUUGGUUGAAGUUUGAUUAUUCUGACCAAUGGGAUAAGAGUGUAUGAGUGUUUGGUGGGUUUGUAACCAAUGGUGACCAGUAUGUCUGUUCUAACCCUGAUUUAGUGUUUGUAGAUAGAAGUAUUUGUUGUGUGAUUGUUGUUAGGUGAUCGGUGUAGAAUGAUCGGUGUAGAAUCAAACAUAUAUAGAUCUAACUCAGACUUCCUGAGGUAAGGCCCUGAUGUCUUCAGAAAGCAUUCUUACAUAGGAUUGAUCAGUCACGUAGUCAUCUAUUUCAACUGUAAAUCAAUUCAAAUAUGAAAAAAGAAUUUGUAUUACCUUUUUUUUCAUUCAAUAUAAUUAUAGUUUUUCUUAACAGUGUGUGGAAAAAUCUACACAUCUGAACACAAAUUGAAUAAUCAUGUUUUGCAUGGUAUUUUCAAGAUUAAUGAAAUUAUCAAGUAACUGGAACUCUGAAAAUAUAAGUUAUAGUUGUAGUUUUUUUUGUUAACACAUCAGGGCCAGGUUUGUAUUGUGGUGUUUAGAUAUGAUCACAUUGAGAAGAAAAGUAACAAAUAUCAAUAAUUGUGCAAUAAACGAACCCAAAUUUCUUCCCAUUAUUAUUCUUGUUUGAAUCCAGUGUAGAUUUUGUAUCGUAUAAUAUUUUUCCCUACCUAGGAUAAAUUAAGAUAGUUUAUGUAUGAAAAUUAUUUUCCAAAAUUAGCAUUUUUAGUCUCACACAAGUGCCAUUGGUGUCUUGAUGAACACUUUUUUCAUUGGCCUAUAUUUAUGAGGUUACAUUUUCAACAAAAUAAUCAGCUCCAUCAUUUACUGGAAAAAUAUGGUUACAUUUUAUCUAUACUCAGUCAAAUUUUCAGAAUUGGAAUUGACUUUUUAACACAUUUUAAAAACAUGUAAUGUAGAUAAAAUCAUUUGAUCAGCUAAACAAAAUGUUUUUAAAGUUGAUCUAAAUUCAGUUUGCAAUCUUAAAGAUCUUUUAUUUAUGCAUAAUAUAACAUUUUUGAAAAGUAACACAUAUACACUUAACUAACAUAUACAUGUAAUCUUCAACAUAUUUUCAACAUCCAGAAAAAGUCCAAAGACAGAUAUAAACAAUGUAGGAAACUGCUGUUUUUACCAGUGUAAUUUUUGUUCUAGAAAUGAAAUUUCUUUUGCUCAAAGCAGAACUUCACCAGUCAUCACAGAUACAUGAAAAGCUCGUUAGACUUUGCUGUUAAGAUUUAGUGGAACUUUGAUAACCGGAGUAUGGUCCUGUCCUCAGGAUCUAGUUCUACGGUUAAAGUUUUUCUUGUUUACAUAGACAAACCUGUCAUACUGUGAGGAUGAAUAUAGUACUUUCCUUGACAUACGUCAAUUUUCAGGGCAGAUUUUCAAAAAAACAACAACUAAGAACUGAAAAUUUAACUUGGUGUAUCAUUAGGCUAACAUGAUUGAUACAACAGAGUCUGAUCAUUUACAUUCAGGGACUCAACUGAUUUUGUAAGCCACAAUUCUUGUUUUUUCAAAUCGGUAAAUUGAGUUAUUCCAACAGUUUUGAGUUGACACAGGAAUGUCCAGAUUGAUAGGGAAAGUUUGAAGAUUAAUGAGGUUCCACUGAAAACACUGUAUAGCUAUUUCACUUGUAAGCUUUAUUUUGCUUUCUCUGUGUAAAGAUCAGCGGCUAUUGAUAGGUUACCAUGGAGGCCAUCUACAAAUUGGUCCUCAUAAUGUACAGAAAAUUUACUAAGCGCUUUGUAUAGGAAAUUUUAUUCAAAUAAAUAUAUACAUGUAUAGCCUUGAUUUGAGAAUUAUGUAUACAAGAAUUGAAGUUCAGACCAAGCAUUUUGUAUGAAAGAUUUUUUGUUGCUGAAAUUUUUGUUACCUGUGUUUUCAUUGAGUUAAUGUUGACAUUCAAAUGCUGAGUAAAUGCCUUAGCGUGGCUUUGGCAUACUGAUCUGUUACACCAUUGUCAACAUUGUCAUCGUUUUACUUUUAAAUGAUCUAACACUCAAAUUACACAUCAAACAUGGACAGUUGUGAUUACUGUUAGGUGUAAUUACACCAACUUUCUGAUUCAUCAUUUGAUUUAUUGAAGACUUACGCAUUUAUGUUCGAAAAAAAAAAAAAAAUGUGCAUUCAAGUUCAAAAUUAAAAUGAAGCAUUACAUGUAUAUCUGAACAGCUUUGAUAACCACGCUUCUGAUUUGAUGACAUCACUUCACAUGUCAACAAAUGUGCAAGCUUAAUGACGGCAGCGUAGUCAACUUUGUCAUCAUUUUCACAUUAGCAACAUAAAGUGGAUAUAAUCCUUUUAAUGCAUAGCUUCAUCACUGUCAACAUGUGUAAUGAAAUGUUAACAUCGCUGUCAACAUGUGUAAUGAAAUGUUAACAUCACUGUCAACAUGCCUUUGUAUAGUGUCAACACAAUAUUAUCUAUGUCUAAUCUGUUGAUGUGAACAUUUCUGUAACCAAUGAAGAAGUCAUAUGUUGUGUAUUACCAUAUAAGGACAUGUAAAUUGUGUAUUACCAUAUAAGGACAUGUAAAUUGUGGAUUACCAUAUAAGGACAUGUAAAUUGCAUAUUUGCCAUAUAAGGACAUGUAAAUUGUGUAUUUCCAUAUUAGGAAACUUAUUCUUUUGAUAAGCCAUAUUCAUCUUUGCUAUUUGCAAAAUUGUAAUAAAGAAAUAAAAGUUCUAAAUACAAA